ACAGUGACACUCUUCUUCUUCUCAGCUUUACUUUCAGACACUUCCACUCUUUCCUAUCUUCUUCAAAAUGCCGAUCAAAAGAGAUCCGUCGAUCCCGGCGCCGUCGAUCGGAAAGAUCGGCCCUUACACCGUCUUCAUCACCCGUCCUUCCACCCCUUCUCCUACCGAACCACCUGUUUUCCGAUCCCCCUCCAAGGCUGCGGCGCCGCCGUCUUCUACUCCCACUCCUCCUCCCGUCCAACCGCCGCCCCAGCAGUUUGACAAGUCUCUUCUUGCUUCUGAAUCAUAUUCCGAUGGAUCCUUUCAGGGUUUCUUCAAAAACGCUGCAUUUAAACUCCAAAACGCUCAUUCAAGCUUGGAUGAUCGUUUAGCUCGUUGGUUCGGUUUAAAUCAAUCUAAGUAUCAAUGGGCAUUGGACGAUUAUUAUGAGAGCAAGGGAUUGGAGAAGGAAGGUGUGAAUGUAAAAGAUAUAUCAAGCAAAAUACAAAGUGUGUAGCAUACUUCUUGUUCCCGGACCUUGCACCGAGUGAGGAUGGUUGAUGCAGCGGAAAGACAUUAGGAUUCGUGUAGGGAACUUAGUUGACUUCUCGGGAUCGGAUCGAGUUGUGUGUGAUUCUCUUGCUUCUGCUAAAGUAGCCAACUGAGCUUGUUUUUGCGUAUUAGGGUUGGGGUUGCGUAAUCUCUUACUAAAUUCAAUCUCCAGGCAUUGGGAUUGCUGUAAACUGUGGAAGACACUUU